AAAUGGCUCCUACUUCCGCCCUCUCAAAUAUUCUGUCUUUUCAAGAAACUGCGAGUAAGAGUGAACACCAUGAGUUCGCUUAAACUUCAAAAGAGGCUUGCAGCCUCGGUAAUGCGAUGUGGCAAGAAGAAGGUUUGGUUGGAUCCUAAUGAAAUCAAUGAGAUUGCAAACACAAACUCACGUCAAAAUAUCCGUAAAUUGAUCAAGGAUGGUUUGAUCAUCAAAAAACCAGUAGUAGUUCACUCCCGUUACCGUGUCCGCAAGAACACCGAAGCCAGGCGCAAGGGACGUCAUUGUGGAUUUGGUAAACGCAAGGGUACAGCAAACGCCCGUAUGCCAACAAAAUACCUGUGGAUGCAGAGGAUGCGAGUUUUGCGUCGAUUGCUGAAGAAGUACCGUGACAACAAAAAAAUUGACCGGCACUUGUACCAUGAUUUGUACAUGAAGUGCAAAGGUAAUGUCUUCAAGAACAAGCGUGUCCUUAUGGAAUACAUCCAUAAGAAGAAGGCCGAGAAGCAACGCAGCAAAAUGUUGGCAGACCAAGCUGAGGCCCGCAGACAGAAAGUGCGUGAAGCACGCAGACGGCGAGAGGAGCGCAUUGCUAACAAGAAGCAGGAACUUGUGCUUAUUCAAGCUAAGGAAGAUGAAGUUGCAGCUUUGGCAGCGACCACCGGUCCAAGCAAGAAGUAGUUUUCCUAGUUUGGUUUGUAUCUAAUUCCUUUUUAAUAAAAUUAACAAAAAAAAAUCAAAACACAA